AUGAUAUCAGAGGGACGUCCUGGUUCAGAUAACGUAUUUACCCUGAGAGAUGGAAUCUUGAAACUAGAGCUUGGCAAGGAGAUAUUUGAACGGACAGGUCUAACAGGAAAGCCCGUCCGUAGUGGGGGCAGAAAACAUGCAAAGGAAAGAUAUCUCGUGGAAAUCAACCUGCGGCUGCCAUCAAUGCUUCACGGUAAGAAAGGCUUUGAGAGACUAGUAUGGGCAUUCAAGAAUGUUCUCAAUCACACUGUGGCCUGGCUCUUCUAUGACCUGGCAUCGGAGUCGAGUGGUGUUUCCUCUGACGAUCCUUCCCUGAAAGGAAACCACCCUCACAUUGUAGACUGCGAACCAGUGCGCACUGAUUACCGCGAUAUCCUCGUCCCACCCUUUAAGGAAUUGGACAUUACAGGAACGGCGCCAGAGCAGGAAUUGAAGGAAAACUGUGACGAAAUCUCUGAAUGGCUUGGGAUGGUGGCCCUCGGAUCUCCCCGAGUAUUAGCGAGUGACGAUGUAGACCCAUACUUAUGUCGCUAUAGCGUACCGCACGUCGACGAAGCAAAACCGUCAGAUAUAGUCAGUUUGAGAUGGCAUGGUUUCCUCCCUCUCAAAUGGAUUAUGGAGCUAUUCCUUACUCUACUGCAAGAGACUGCCCCGAAAGGUCCAGAGGCCUCGGCCUGGUUUGCUUUCUCCGCGAGUGCUCUGGGGAGGGAAGCUGUGGAAGGAAAAGACGGUUAUACGGUUCUGACAUUGCCUUCUGUAAACGAAACUUGUGAUAAUGUGCAGAAGAGCUCUGAUCCUAGAUCUAAAAUAGGUCGCUCAUGCGUUUGCUGGGAUGACAUGUCCUGGCAUAGUCAUCAGUUGGUUACCUCAACCAAUGCAUCUUUACCUUCAAACGCUAGGGUCUGCGAGCCGUAUGUACGACUUGUUCUACAUUGUUCUUUACGGUUAGUUGCAUUGUAG